CACCCAUGGCCAGUUAUGACCGAGGGGGACCUACUAUUAGAGCCUGAAGAGAAGAUGGCCCUUUCAUUAGGCAUCCUGCCCGCGGUGAUGGCAGAGCUACUGAACAAAGUCCAGCAAGUUCACCAGCAGUCGUCGCAAUUGACGGAUGAACUGCUUCUAAUGCUGAAGUUUGUCUUUGGACCUCCCAUCCUGCAGGCGUUGGAACUGGUGGAUCAACGCUCAGUAACGUUUGUCGACUCUCCCAGUGGAAGAUCACUCUACCAGGUUGUUGGAAGCUCUGGUCGGGUGUAUCGUUGCUUCAGCUCCUGCCUCUACUGCUCCUGUGCAGCUUUCAUGUACUCCGUCUUACGACGGAAUGACCACAUACUGUGUAAACAUCUUCUUGCUGUGUACUUGUGCCAAGCCAUGGGAACGCUACGCCAGCUGAGAGUCUCCAACCAACAGCUGACCGAUCUGCUGCAAGCAAAGGACGAGGAGCUUGAAUCCACAGAGUAGCGGAGGAAGGGGCCUGACCUGAGGCAGCUGAUUUUGGGUCGAAUCCAGGACCACCCUAGGGAAACACAACACUGUCACUGAAGAUGGACACAAACGCUGGAGUAACUCAGCUGGUCAGGCAGCAUCUCUUGAAAAAAGGAAUAGGUGACGUUUCGGGUCGAGGCCAUUCUUCAGACUGAAGCUGACAGCUUAAGAGGAAUCCUUAUUCCUGGACAAUAAACCAUUUAGCUGCAAGCAGAAGACAAGUCCGAGAGAUAUUUGCAAGAAGGUGGUUUUUCACCUGUAGCCAUCGGCCACAGAAUGGUUGAGAGAAUCGUGAGGAUAUGAGGAAGUGCUCCAGGAUUCCCUGUAGAAACGCAGACCUGCAGAUGCUGGUUUGCGCAAAAGAUGGACGCAAAGGGCUGGAGUAACUCAGCGGCUCAGGCAACAUCUGUGGAAAUAUAGGAUAGGUGACAUUUUGGGUCGGGGCUCUUCUUUAUACUGAAGACUUUAGUCUGAAGGAGGAUCCCGACCCUAUCCCUUUUCUCCAGAGAUGCUGCCUGGUCCACUCAUUUACCUCAGCACUUUGUGUCUAUCUCGAAGAUUCCUCGCUGUAUUUUUGUGUCCAUUGACAAGUAUCCUCAGCAUAGAAACAAAUCGUAUUGUGACAUUGGAGAAAUGUAGGCGUCACAGUGGCGCAGCGGUAGAGUUGCUGAUUUCCAGCGCCAGAGACCCGGGUUCAAUCCUGACCAUGGUCUAUAGUUUGUAUGUUCUCCCCCUCACCAUGUUGGUUUACACCAGGUGCAUCGGUUUCCUCCCAUACUCCAAAGACGGACAGGUUCAUUGCUUAAUUGGCUUCAGUAAAGAUCACCUCAUUUAGCUCUCUCCCCAGGACCUGCUCUGUCUACCUGAGAUGCCAAUUUCACAGAUAUUCAUUUGCUGCAAAAGGUGCAUGUUGUGUUCGAGGGCUAAAUAAUUCACAAUCUACACUUGGUGUACAGAACCCAAAGUGUGUUUAUUUCAAUCCUAACAUGUCUGCUGCCAAACCCCUGGCCCAGGGAACCCCCUUAGGAAACAUUGAUCUCGAGGCAGAGCCCACUAGGACCUAGGACACAACAGUGCCAACUUUCGUUCUAAUGCCCCUGUCCCACUUAGGAAACCUGAACGGAAACCUCUGGAGACUUUGGAGUCUCCGGAGGUUUUUGUCACUCUCCCUACCUGCUUCCACUACCUGCAACCACCUGCAACCUCCGGGAACCGCCCGGAAACCUUGGGUGGGGUGCAAAGUCUCCAGAGGUUUCCAUCCAGGUUUCCUAAGUGGGACAGGGGCAUAAUGCAGUAACUUUCAUUUGCCUCAUCCUUCUGUUUAUCCUCUUUAUCUGCCACUACCUCACUGCGUGCCACACUUCCAUGUCUUGUCACAGGGUCAUACAGCAUGGACACAGGCCCUUCGGCCCAGCUUGCCUAUGCAGACCAAGAUGCCCGAACCCUCGUUAGCUUGCCCACCCUCUCCCGAUAGCUCAGGCCUCAAGUCCUGGCAAUAUCCUCACAACUGUGUGUGCUUUAAAUUGUGUCUUAAUAUCUCUAAGCAUUAUAAUAUCCAUCAAUAAUAAGCAUUGUCUGUUGCUAUUCCAGGAGUUUAUCAGUCUGGCUUUCUGAACAAGGAGACUACUGUGUUCCUCCAGCAGGUGUUGUUCAUCGACAUCUUAACUUCCAUUGCCUCAGCUCAUUUAUCAUCAGUGUUAUCACACCCCCUAUUGUAUCAACAAACACUCCUAUACAAUUUUCUCAAACACCUUCUGAAAACCUACAUUCACCAAGUAAACCCCAUCACCUUCAUCAACCUCCU